UACGCUUGUUGGAGCCCACGACAGGCGCUAAAAAUAGCUCGGGUUUCCAUAAGCUCAACAUGAGGAAACUCUCCCUUCAGUGGACUUCGAGGUUAUUUUCUACUAUGCGAUAGGGCCCCACUCACGUGUUAAACAGUUUAGAAUGUAUCGAUGCCCUAUUUGACAACACUGAAUUAGAUGCAACAAGAGAUACAACAGGUUUGGACCUGUCUUCGUACCACAGACCGAGUAACAGCCAAUCUGAACGUUUAUGGUGGUGACGUCACUGGAAAUCCCCAUGCCUAAAACUGUGUAUCAACAAAACAUGUUUGGACUUGUCUCGUUACUUCGCGGAUUUUUAGACGUGUUUCAACUUGUUGCGUUUUAGCAGCCGAUGGGUAUAUAAAGGCUGGAUUUCCCCCAAACAAGUCAUUCAAUCGCCGAAAAAGAAGCAAAAGGUCACGUUCAAUUUUACUCGAGAAAAACAAAAGCCAUCUGAAAUUAUGGAGGCCCAGACAAGUAUGGAAUAUGGAAGAACAGCCAAAAGGCAGAGGCUCGAAUACGGUUGUAGUGACUGUGGUCAAACCUUUGCACACAAACAAAGUUUAAACCGUCACAAGAAGACGGCCCAUGGAAGUCCGAAGCUAACUUGCAGUCAAUGCAAAAUGACAUUCACGAGAAGAGAUAACCUGCAUCGUCAUUUGAAGACACAUUUACAACAGGGGGGUGCUAAUGAAAGUACUCCACGAGGGACAUCUGCCACCGAACCAACACCCACUCAACAAGAACCUGUCGAGCCACCGUGUGACCUUCAAGCCCUAGGAGGCACUAUGCAGGUUCAUACCAUCCCAGGAGAAGGUAUACAGAAAUACGACCCCAUGACAUUCCUGAAGGGAAAGUACGACGAGGUCAAGAAGGUGCUGAAGCAAGCCAUCAAAGAUCGAGGUGAGCUAAAGUGGUACCUGACCAUCAAAGUAAAGAUGAGCAGGCGGAAAGGUGAGGUGGUGGAAACGGUGGAACCCCAUUUCAGAGGCAAGUGUCAAACGUCUCUUAAAUUUGAAGACCCAGAUGAAGGGAUGAAGGAAUCGAUUAAAAAGAUCUAUACUUCUUUCAUCGAAUUUCAAAGGCAGGGUAGCAACUGGACGGUGGAUAAGGUGGUAGACCUCACCAUUCACAUGGCUCGGUACCGACCCCUUCGAGGCUCGAGUUACACACCCCUCCCCAUCAAAUUGAGAGCUAAGCAUGCCAUCGUCAAUGUUCAGAAUCGGGACCAGAAGUGUUUCAUGUGGUCGGUCCUGGCGGCAUUAUACCCCGUCAAACAACAUGCAGAGCGGGUGGCUAAGUAUGCUCAAUACGUCAAUCAACUUGACACCACUGGCAUUUCUUUCCCCGUUAAACUGGUCGAUAUUCCCCGGUUUGAAAGGCAGAACAAUAUUUCUAUCAACGUGUUCGGUUACGAAAAGGGAGACGUUUACCCACUCCACGUGACCAAACAACGUUUUGAAAGGCACGUGGACCUGCUGAUGAUCGCCAACAGUAAAAAGUCACAUUUUUGCUGGAUCAAGGACUUGAACCGGCUACUAUUUGAUCAGAAAAGCUAUGGUCAUCGCCAUCAUUAUUGUCCUUACUGUCUACAGGGGUUCACAAAACAGAGAAUUUUGGAUGAUCAUCUUGUUUAUUGUCAAACACAUGGUCCGCAGAAGGUUGACAUGCCCAAAGACGAAGACAAAUGGCUAUAUUACAAGAAUGUAAGAAAACAACUCAAAGUUCCCUACAUCGUCUAUGCUGAUUUCGAAUGCCUCCAAGUGCCUAUUUCAAGAUGUGAAAAAAGCCCAGAGUCAUCCUCCACUGAGAAAAUGACUAAACACGUCCCUUCUGGGUUUGCCUAUAAAGUGGUUGGCUUGUCACCUGAACAUUGCAAACCACUUGUCACCUAUAGAGGAUUAGAUGCCACCGACAAAUUUGUCGAGUGCAUGGUCAAAGAACAAGAGGACAUAGAAGAGAAAUUUAAACAGUGUGAGCUAAUGGUGAUGACGGGACGAGAUUGGCAAUCAUUCAAGACGGCCACGCAGUGUCACAUAUGUAAGGCGCCACUCGGUCCUAAUCCAGUCAGGGACCACUGUCACAUUACUGGAGAGUUUAGGGGUGCAACCCACAGUGAAUGUAACCUCAACUACAAGUUUACUGGGCGCAUUCCCGUUGUUUUCCAUAACUUGAGAGGCUAUGACAGUCAUCUCAUCAUGCAGGCCAUAGGAAAAAUUCAGAGUAAACCCAUCAGUUGCAUUCCCAACAAUAUGGAAAAGUACAUCUCCUUCAGUCUAGGGUGCAUGGAUUUUAUCGAUUCCUUUCAGUUUAUGAACUUUUCCUUGGAGAAACUCGUAAGCAAUCUGGCCAAGGAAGGACCUUCUAAGUUUGUCCACAUGACUCAACAUUUCGGCGCAGAUCAACUGCCCCUUUUGUUGAGAAAGCAGGUCUACCCAUACGAAUACUUUGAUUCUGAAGCUCGGUUCUUAGAGACCCAGCUCCCACCCAAAGAAGCCUUUCGAAGCUCCUUAACUGAUGAAGACAUAAGUGACGAGGACUAUGCUCAUGCCCAAGGAGUAUGGGAGGAAUUUCGCAUCCGAGACCUCGGUCAGUACCACGAUCUGUACGUUUCAACAGAUGUUUUGGCUCUAGCAGACGUUUUUGAAAAUUUCCGGGGUAUCUGUUUGAACUAUUAUGGACUCGACCCAGCUCAUUUCUACACGUCUCCAGGUCUGGCAUGGCAGGCAGCCCUAAAGAUGACUGGUGUGAAACUCGAACUUCUUACAGACAUCGACAUGCACCUCUUCAUCGAAAAGGGACUUAGGGGUGGAAUCUCCAUGAUAUCCCAUCGUCAUGCCAAAGCUAACAACAACCAGGUCCCAAACCACGACCCUGAUCUUCCCAAUACCUAUAUUGCUUAUCUAGAUGCCAACAACCUUUAUGGGUGGGCCAUGUCACAAGCCCUUCCAGUGUCUGGGUUCCAGUGGCUAGAUGAUCCCCAUAUAGAUGUGACCGAGGUACCCGAUGAUGCAUCUGUAGGCUACAUCUUAGAAGUCGACCUGGACUAUCCCCAAGAACUACACGACCUCCAUAACGAGUAUCCUCUUGCUCCAGAGAAAAUGACGGUGACUGAAGACAUGCUAUCUCCCUAUGCUUCCCAGCUUCUGAAAGAGCUAGAUAUGAGUGGCAUUUCAACAGAGAAACUGAUCCCAAACUUGAGACAGAAGGAGAGAUAUGUAGUGCACUACCGAAAUUUGAAAUUGUAUAUCUCACUGGGCAUGAAACUGACCAAGAUCCAUCGAGUGUUGGCCUUUGAACAAAGCCCAUGGUUGAAGGCCUACAUCGAUUUCAAUACAAACAGACGCAAAUGUGCCCAAAACGAUUUUGAAAAAGAGUUCUUCAAACUGAUGAACAACUCUGUCUUUGGCAAGACGAUGGAGAACCUGAGGAAGCACGUGGACGUGAAAUUGGUUAACAAUUCAAAACGCGCUCGCAAGUUCAUUGCCAAACCCACUUUUCAUGCCUUUCGCAUUUUCAACAAAGAUCUGGUGGCCAUCCACAUGCAGAAGCAACGGCUGAUUUUGAACAGACCGAUCUAUGUGGGUUUCGCCAUUCUGGACAUUUCGAAAAUCUUAAUGUAUGAUUUUCACUAUAACUACAUCAAGUCCAAGUAUGCAUCCAAAGCUCAACUCCUGUUCACAGACACCGAUUCGUUGUGUUACUACAUCCAGACAGAUGACAUCUACCAAGACAUGUUACAGGACUCCAAUCUGUUUGACACUUCAGAGUAUCCCACUGACCAUGUUCUGUAUAGUACCGUGAACAAGAAAGUAUUGGGUAAAAUGAAGGAUGAGACUCAUGGAAUCCCUAUCCAGGAGUUUGUGGGUUUGAAAUCCAAAAUGUAUUCCCUCAUUUUUGAGGAGAAAGGUGAGCUGGUGGAAAAGAAAACGGCCAAAGGGAUCAAGAAGAGUGUCAUCAAAAGCCACACAAAGCAUGAACAUUACAAACAGUGUCUCUUUGAAAGACGCAUACACAUGUCAAACAUGACUCAGAUCAGGAGCUAUAGCCACCAACUGUACAACAUCAAACUGAAUAAGUUAGGGCUAUCUCCCUUUGAUGACAAAAGGUAUCUAUUGUCUGAUGGCAUAAGCAGUCUUGCCUAUGGCCACUAUCACAUCUCAGCAUAA